AUGGCCGACAUCACACUGGAAAGAUCUUCUCGCGGUGACGACAAGUUUGUGGACGACUACAGUGCCAUCGACGAGCACCAUCGCGACCUUGACCUGGGACAGAUCCCUUCCGACGCUCCAGGCAUGCCGGCAACAAUCGAGAUCGGUGUUGAUAUUCCGCCGGACGGUGGGUACGGCUGGGUUUGUGUUGCGUGUGGAUUUAUGAUUAAUAGCUGUACCUGGGGUGUCAAUUCGUCGUAUGGAGUCUAUCUUGCCCACUAUCUCGCCGAUGAUGCAUUCCCGGGUGCCACGCCGUUACAAUACGCCUUCAUAGGCGGUCUCUCCAUUUCCUCUUCCAUGAUAAUCGGACCAUUGGCAACAACCCUUCUCCGUAAGACGUCUACACGUAAAGUCAUGACAGCCGGCAUAGUACUCCAAACCGGUGGCCUCAUCGCCGCUUCAUUCUCGACCAAGAUCUGGCACCUCUUCCUGUCCCAAGGCGUCUGUUUUGGACUGGGGAUGGGGUUCCUCUUCACCGGCAGCGUGGGGGUGGUCUCUCAAUGGUUCGCCAAAAAGCGCAGCGUAGCAACCGGCAUCACCGCGGCGGGCAGCGGCAUCGGCGGCCUCGUAUUCUCCCUCUCCAUUCGCGCGAUAAUCAGCAACAUGGGCCGCCCGUGGGCAUUCCGGAUCGUGGCAUGCGUUACUCUGGUCAACAAUGCCAUCUGUACGUUCCUCACGCGCGACAGGAAUAAGCACGUGAAUCCGAACCAACGGGCUUUCGAUUUCGGACUGCUGAAGAGAUAUGAGUUCCUGCUAGUGCUGAGCUGGGGCUUUUUCAGUAUGCUCGGAUACGUGGUGAUUUUGUUUUCGCUGCCCGAUUUUGCGAGAUCCCGCGGCUUCUCGGCGGUCCAGGGGAGUGUACUCGGUGCCCUGCUGAACUUGAGCAUGGCGUUUGGACGCCCGUUGGUGGGACUCGCUAGUGACGAGUAUGGGAGGAUCAAUAUCAGUGCGGCGAUGACUCUGGUGACUGGGCUGAGUUGCCUUGCGUUUUGGUUGCCGGCGGAAACUUUUGGCCUGGCGGUUUUCUUUGCGCUUGUCAAUGGUGCUGUCUGUGGCACUUUUUGGACAACCAUUGCUCCCGUGUGUGUCGAGGUGGUUGGUCUCAAAGAUCUGCCCAGUGCGCUUAGUUUGGUGUGGCUGUCAGUCGUGCUGCCGACCACCUUCUCCGAAGCAAUCGCGUUGUAUCUUCGACGCCCCGACCUGAAGAAUCAAUACCUCUACCCCCAAAUCUUCGCCGCGAUAAUGUACAUCGUCGCCACGGGGAGCAUGUGGCUGGUACGGGCGUGGAAGAUGGGGGACAACGAUCGUAAGGAAAGGGAAAACACGGCAGUUAAAAUGGUAUCGGAGAAGGGAGACGGAGAAAGCCCCAGUGAGCAAGUGAGCGAGGAUUCCCUAAAUGGUGUGGGCAUCGUAAAUCGGUGGAAAAGCGGCAGUGUUUCUAAGUGGUGGCGGUAUGGGUUUGUGUAA